CGUUUCCCGAUGUGGGACUGACUAACUAAACCCUUUGAUAUCAUCAAACACCACAUAGAAUUUCAAAUUCCCAGUGGAGGAGUGGAAAAAGGAAUAAAAUAUAUUAGGAGAGGCCUUUUGUGUUUAAGUUCAACUUACUUACCAUUAACAAAUUCUGCUUCUCGAACUGAUCCAUUGUUAAUGCCACACACACACAGACAUUGUUCACCAAACCCUGAAUUUAAGUUUAUCUGCAUUCAUAAUUUGAGUUCCUAUUUUUUCACCUCUUAUCCCCAAAUCCAAAACCAUCCGAACCCUAAACCUCUCAAUGCCAACAGCAGCGGCAAGGGAUUCACCUUCAGCCAACAAUCUCGACGACUACUCGGCUUCCUCAACAGUCAUCACCUUCGACCGCCCCAUCCCGUUGCUCCGAGGCCCGUUACCCGCGGGCCCAUCGGACCACCCGUCGUUGGGCCCGAACGUCUUGGCUUUCCGCGACGCGCGUGCCUGGGCCUCCGCGUACAGAUCCUGCGAGCUCAAGAUUGUUCAGCAGUGCGAGGAAGGGGCGAGGAUCGGGUGCGCCAUCAGUUCCUCCAGCCGGUGCAAGCCUCCAUGGUGGAAGGCUCUGCUUGGUUCCAAACCCUCCGAUUUGAAGGAGCGAGAGCUCUGCGAGGAGCGUGAGAUGGCGAAUUGCUUCGCUGAAGCUAAGGAGAAGUGUGUUGAGUUUGCAAAAGACAAGUGCUUGGUUCCUUUCAGGGACGCGCGGAUUAGGGUCAAGGAAAGGGGUUUUGAUUCGAAGCGAGCUGGGAGAUUGAUUCACUGGGCGUCAUUGCCGGAGAGGACGUUUCGGGUGAUCAGUGCACUGGGUUUUGAUGCUGAAUUGGGAGUGACAAAUCGCAGGGCUGGUGAGUUGGCGAGAUAUGAUGAUUGUGUGAAGUGUAUUUUGGGUGAGCAGGAACAAAGUGUUGAAAACUGAAACUUGGAUUUUGAAAGAGGAAGCACAUCCAGCAUGGUUUUGUCAAAUGCAUGUUUUGUAAUAUUGUUUAAUGCAGGAGAAGUUCAGGUUGUUGCCAUCUCGCAAAGCUUGAUCAAGUAUUCAGGUUUUACACUCUUAUUUUAAAACUGUUUUGGAAUUUUCUUUGAUGGUUAAUACACAAACAUGUUUUAUGGUCAUGGAGUCAUGACCAGAAAAUGCACUUUAGUCCUAUCUAUUGUUAACUGUAUAAGGUUUUGUAGAUGUCACCUGUUCAGUUAGAAGCUAGCCUUUGAAUUCUGGAGUCUACAUCAAUUUAAUCUGAUAACUAAAUCCACUAGGUUUUUCCCUUUUACCAUACCAUUCUUUUUUUAAUGUUCAGCUAGCUUUUUACUAUGAGUUCUACGGUUCAACCACAAUAUAUUUCCCCUUUAUUUUAUUUUAUUUUAUUUUAUUUUUCUCGUUGUUUUGCAUGUUUGGGUUCUGAUGUUGAAGGAUUAUGAAGAGUAUGUUCAAUCUAAAUAGUUGGAUUAACUCGUUGAGUCAAAAUUAUUGGUACCGUCUCUAGUUUGCUUCUGCUUGUAUGAUGAUUAUCUAUACCUAUUAUCUAGAGGAUUGAGGGUGUUUGUGUUUAUUAACUUUGUUUGGUCUCUCUCACAAUUUUAUUUUGUACUAUAAUUCUGAAGUGGUUGUCGAACUUGAUCCCUUCAAGUUACACUCCUUACGGAUUCUUUAACCAUUGAGCUAUAAUUCUUUUUGUGUUUGUCGUAUGAUAUAAAAAAUUCAAAGCGGUCCAAUAAGUGGUGCCUAUUGGACGCUAGUGGUUUUAAUGGAGAUGUUAAAAUAUGUUUCCUCUAAGCUACUUUGGAAUAGCUCAAAUGUUUAGAGACAAGUGGGUUGAAGUCUCAGGUUUAUCAUGUAAGUAUAUCAAUUGGGACAGGGUGGUACCUUCUGUUUGUUCUGCUUGUUAUGGCCAAAUCUUUGCUGACUUAAUUCAACCGAUGCAGUCCAGAGUGAAAUUUAAACUUCUGUUCUAUGUCAUACCCUCAUACACCAAUUGUGAGUGCCACACAUUGUAGAUCGAGGCCUGUUUUGUUGACCUAUUCUAUCUUAAAGUACAUAUUUUUGUUUGUUCCUCCUUGCCUUGCUUCAAAUGGGGCUAUAUCAACUGUUACCUUCUAAUCUUAUCUAUUUGUGUUUGAUGUGUUUGUGUUUGCUCAUGGAAACAUCAAAAAAGGAGGAAGUAACUCCCCUUGAACCUUUGCUCUCACACAGAAGUAGCUCCCUAACAUAUUAUUUUAUAUUUAGCUAAGAUUUUCCUGUGUUUUGCUUGUUGCUACACUUUUGUUGAUAUUAUGUGAAUUUGUUUAUUGGUGCUAGAAAAAGAGGGGCAUUUGGCAAGCAAUUUCUCCAUAAUUAAUCUUACGGUGGUUGUUAGAGGAUGGAGAAAUGAAAUACUUUAGGGGUUUUAGACUCACUUUUCCCUUUAAAGACAAAGUUCAAUUCAACAUGGUAGUCUAUAAGUUAUUUAAAUGUGUAUAAUAUCUUAUUUUUGUUUAUUCCUUCAUUACUCGUUUAUUGAAUCUUCCUAAAGAACGAAGAAAAAUACGCAUUUCUCCCCAAAAUUCUUUACUUUUCUUGCCAACUUCCAAACAUUUGUCCAUUGGUGUGAGAGAGAAAUUAAGUUGAGAUUUAAGUGUGUGGUUAGUAGGAGUACUAGGUGGGAAACAUAGAGCCAUGGAAAAUUUCUGAAGUUGAUUCUCGGUGGAUAAUGGAGACAAUGAGAUGAUUGUAAAAUUUUAAGACAAAAUGGCCAGAAACAACAAUGUUCAUUUUGCUUAUACUUCAAAUGCCCUAUAUAGAGGAUUGAUUAGAAAAAAA